AUUAAGGAUGAUGGACGAUUUAGAUGCUUGCAGAUCAUUUCCCUGGGGUCGUCUAACGUUUGAGGAUGCAAUAAAGGAGAUUAAGCACGUGAUGAACCAUCUGAAGGGUGAAGUGAAAGAGGCAUGCGCCUUUCCUGGUUUCAUCAUCCCUUUAGAGGUAAAGCAUAUAGUUUAGAAAAAUUUUAAUUGUUUUAUAAUUCAAAUUUGACACUGUGACAAUGGAUUUUCUAGGUUCUGGCUUUUGAGUGUAUUCCGGAUCUGGGGAAGACGUUUAGAAUCUAUUCAGAGGACGCCAGUGAAGAAUGUCCAAGGAUGUGUAAGAGCCGGUUUACAAAGUCCAGUCUUAGGGGUUAAGCACGUGAUGAACCAUCUGAAGGGUGAAGUGAAAGAGGCAUGCGCCUUUCCUGGUUUCAUCAUCCCUUUAGAGGUUCUGGCUUUUGAGUGUAUUCCGGAUCUGGGGAAGACGUUUAGAAUCUAUUCAGAGGACGCCAGUGAAGAAUGUCCAAGGAUGUGUAAGAGCCGGUUUACAAAGUCCAGUCUUAGGGGUUAUCCUUUGGAAGACAUAUAUGCUGCUGUUGGAGAAACAAAGGUUAUCAACAGUGUCUUAGUUCCAACUAUUGGUGAGCAAAUUAUGCUGGCUCGUAUCAUUGAUGAGGAGCGAGAGUAUGACCGUCAGGGCAGCCCAAGUGAUACUUGGAACUACUGGUUAAAUGUGAAGCAGAAGAAUAUUUGGUGGGAAGAGCUAUAUGAGUUGGAUCAAGCUGCACGAGGAGUGUUGCCAAAAAAGAAAGACAAAGAGAAGGUGACGUUUGCAGAAGGAUCAUCCUCUAAUUCUGGAUUAGAUUCGAGGUUGCAAGGUCUGGAAGAGAGGAUUUUGGAGUUCAUGGGAGAAAGAUUUGUUGGACUUCACGUCACGGUGGAGACAAUGUUAGAGGCUCAAAGCUCAAGGAUGAGUGUUCUUGAAAAGAACCAGCGGCUUUUGAGAAGAAGGGCUAAGAAAAUAGAAGACAGGCUAACUUCUAUUGAGAGUAAAGUGGAGCCGAGUCAUGGUGAAGACAUGGAUUUUCGACAGUGGGACAAUGAUACAUAUGAAGAGAAGGACAAAGCUUGUUCUGAGAAGGAGAAAGCUAAUGCUGAGCACGAGGCUGGAAAAGAAAAGGAUAACAUCGAGAAUACUGAGGAAGAGGGUGAGAAAGAGGCUGAUGACAAUGCUCAGCAAGAGGGUGAGAAAGAGAAGGAAAAUAGUGAGGCUGAUGAGGAAGAAGACAGUGAGAGUGAAAGUGAAGAGUUGAAGCAAAUGAAGGAGAGAAGUAGAAGACAAGCUGCUAAAUUGUGGAAGGAAAUUGCGAAUGAGGAAAAGAUUGGAGGGAAACAUAUUAAGGAUGAUGGACGAUUUAGAUGCUUGCAGAUCAUUUCCCUGGGGUCGUCUAACGUUUGAGGAUGCAAUAAAGGAGAUUAAGCA